CCCUGAACCAGUCAGAGAGCAGCUGUUCGCUUCACACCUCCUGGAUUCAGUUGUUGCACUCUUCUUCAUCCCUGGCGGAGGAUCAUCGCGUCUAUGAGAAACUGGUCAUAGCGCGUGAAGGAUUCAAGGAGGCGGAUUUAAACUCCUGGCUAAUAAGCUAGGCUACUGCAUAUAAAUUGCAUUCACUUUAACCAACAUUUUUGUUUUAGAGGAAGUUUAUUCCGUUAUUUAUUCUUAUCACAGACAACAACAAAUUCGCCUUACAAUCCAAAAAUAAUAUUGCCCACACGGUGCGAACCACCGAUCUCCGCUGUUGCUGUAUCAGACCGGACUGACUUGCAGAGAUCUGAACCUUACUGGCAAGGUAGCGCUGCAGGUUUGUGUAGAAACACCGCGACGAGAAGAAGCAAUAUGGGACGCACUGCUGUCUCUCACGCAAUAUGUUUUCUCAGCCGCGGUUAAGUUUUCGGUCACACUAGUAGUCCAUGUCAUACGACCGAUUUCAAGAAUUUUGUACAUGAGAUGAUUCAGCGAGCAGGUGCUCAUGAACGCAACAGCCCGUCUAUGUGGAUGGGUACUCGGGUCGUAUUUGUUUGGCUGACUGCUCUGACGGUGACGCUUCUACCAGCGAUGAGACCCCUCGAUGCCUUCCCCACGAGCUCACUUAGUGACUGCCAGACCCCCAGCGGAUGGAACUGCUCCGGUUCUGAGGAGGGGGAAUCCGACGUAUUCGAGUGUGCUCCUGGCUCAUGUCAGUUUGAGGGAGAGUGUGUGAAGAUCGGAGAGACCGUCACUUGCAUCUGUGACUUCAAGUGCGGUGAGGAGGUGUCUCCAGUCUGUGGCUCAGACAGUCAGACUUAUCAGAAUGACUGUCUGUUACGUCGGGCGUCUUGUAAGCUUCAGACAGAGAUACAGGCUGCUUCACUGGGUCACUGCCCCGCAGAUUCUGGCUCUGGGUCUGGUGAUAGUGAUCGUGAGGUUGAAGCAUCCCUACCUGAAGCCUUGGCUGAAGGGGGUGUAGCCCAGGCAGACCCCUCCUCGUGUGAGAUCUGCCAGUUUGGAGCUGAGUGUGACAUUGAUGACGAAGAUGUGUGGUGUGUGUGUAACAUGGACUGCUCCUACAUCAGUUUUAACCCUGUGUGUGCAUCAGACGGCCGUUCCUAUGACAACCCCUGCCAGGUGAAGGAGGUGUCCUGUCAGAGGCAGAAGAGGAUCGAGGUCAGGCACCUGGGCCGCUGCCAUGCCGAGCGUGUGAGGGGGGCUGGGGGGUCGUACAGGGGGGGUGGCCACAUGUCCUGCCAGGAAACACACAAGAACUACUGUGUCCACGGAGAGUGUGAAUACCACGGCAACCUGGCCGUACCCUCCUGCAGCUGUCACCCAGGGUUCAGUGGGCUCCAGUGUGACCAGAGGGGUCGCAGUAUGGUGGUUGUGGUUCCUGGGUCUGGUCGGGUCCGCUACAUCCUUAUUGCUUCAGUUAUCGGAGCUCUGCAGAUCACCAUCAUCACUCUGGUUGUGCUGUGUUUCACAAGGAAGUGCCCUUCCAAGGACAGGAAGUCGGCCAAUACGCAGAACGUUGCAGCCUACAACACGGACAGCACACUACGUACUGCCACACGUCUCAUCUGACACACACACACACAGGGAGUUGUCCACCUAGUGGCUUCUCCACUGUUGAUGUUAUGAAUUAUGUUGAUGUUACUCUUAACAAGUAGUCUUUACAAUUAUGGCCGCUGUGUAAAUAAAUAGUUCGUUUCCCAA